AUGGUGUUCGCCUGGAAAGCCGCCGGUCUUAGCUACAACCGCUACCUCGCGGUCGCAUCUCGCGUCGUGCGCCGAAGCUUGAAGGAGGACAAGAGAAUCGCUGCCGAGCGCCGUGGAGAGUCGGAUCUGCGCUUUGCAAAGUGGUCGAACGGCAAGAUGGGCGAGACCAAGAACCUCAACGAGGCCAACGUGGCUGCCACCAAGGAGGCUGCCUCCGCAUAA